AUGGCGUCAGCCACGAGCGCUGGUGGAACGGGCAACAGGCUUACCACAGUCACUAUUAUCCUGACUGGCGUUGCGUCGCUCGCUGCCACCCUCAUAUCCUUUCUGUCUAUUUGGCUGCAAUCCAAGAACUACAGGAAGCCUCUGCUCCAACGAUAUGUCAUCCGAAUCCUGCUCAUGGUCCCCAUCUACUCAGCCUCUUCUUGGACCUCCAUUGUUUCUUUGAAAGCUGCUUUCUACCUCGACCCCUUGCGCGAUAUCUACGAGGCCUUCACAAUCUACACCUUCUUGCAACUGCUCGUAAACUUUCUCGGUGGCGAGCGCUCCCUCAUCAUUAUGAUGCAUGGUCGACCUCCAGUCUCACAUCCCUGGCCUUUGAACCUCUACAUAAGCAAAGUUGACAUCUCUGAUCCGCACACCUUUCUGGCAAUCAAAAGAGGUAUUCUGCAAUACGCUUAUCUCAAGCCAAUUCUCUCUGUCGCCACUAUCAUUCUCAAGCUCACAAAUACCUACCAAGAAGGCUAUAUCGGUUUGACCUCGGGAUAUCUCUGGGUCGGUAUCCUCUACAACGCCAGCGUCACUUUGAGUCUAUACUCCUUGGCCAUGUUCUGGGUUUGUAUGCAUGAGGACCUGAAGCCUUUCCGUCCCAUGCCCAAGUUCCUGUGUAUCAAGCUCAUCAUCUUUGCUUCCUAUUGGCAGGGGUUUUUCUUGUCCAUUCUGCAGUUUUUGGGUGCAAUUCCAAAUGUUCCUGGUUAUUCUGCGGACAACUUGGCCGCUGCUAUUCAAGAUGCCCUCAUCUGUUUUGAGAUGCCUGUCUUCGCUAUGGCACAUUGGUAUGCCUUUUCCUGGCACGACUAUGCUGAUGUAACAAUUUCAGCCGCCCGGAUGCCUGUUAAGUACGCUCUCAGGGACGCAUUUGGAUUUCGUGACUUGAUUGAGGAUACCAAAGAGACUUUUCGGGGUAAACAAUACGACUAUCGAACCUUUGAUUCAGGAGACAAUGUCAUUGCUCACGAAGAGUCACACGCUCGUGUCGCAAGGAUGAUGGCAGGGAUGCGAUAUGAGAGAGGUGGAAAAGGAAAAUAUUGGAUCCAGAAACCGCAACAAGCCAACAGUCGUACUCCCUUGCUUUCCAGUGGUCCAGCUUAUACGCGCCCUGCCCCGGAGGCCAGAGGGAAAGCCGGUGAUUAUCGAGCAGCAGAUCCGGACUGGGAAAUUGCGAUCGACCCAGAGGACGAACGGCUGUAUACUAAUGCCAGGACCCUGGAAUUUGGGGAUUGGAAUUAUCCUGUCAUCACAGCGCACCAGGCUCGACGCGAAGACUGGCUACAUCGUAGUCCUGGGCUGCUCACAACCUCGGCGAAUCGAAAUUUGUUCCAACCUACCCGUGACAACAAAACUCGACGACGAAGCCACCUGCGUCAGAGUAUACAGAAGGGCAAGGCUCGAAGCACCUCUCCUUCAGAAGGCUCAUCAGAGAGACCUUCCCGAGGAGGCGUUGAGUCAAAGCUUGGGCAAGGCCGGGAUCAGUCAGCCAAUUCUGCGCACUCGGAUCGUAGCCAGCUCAUCGACCUCGUUAUGGAAGACACUGAGGCGGAAGAAGCGGAAAGGGUACGGGCUAGGAAGGAAGGCGGGGAUACCUGGAAUCGUACCGAGCAGAAACACUUCGUCCGUACAUAUAGUAUCGACAAAUCUGCUCCAGAAGGACAAGAGAUCCGCGAAGGAUUCGAUCCAAGCCAGAUACCCGCGAAGCACCCCCCGCCAGAGCACGCCGUUAGCGAGAAUGAGGACGACGACAGUGAGAGAGGCGAGUCCUCAAGCCACGACGACCCCAGGAGAUAUGGAAGCUUGAUUGAGGAAGACAACGUAUGGGGUGGCAGCUGA